GCUAGAGAGAGAGAGAGAGAGAGAGAGAGAGAGAGAGAGAGCGGAGCGCCGCCACAUACAGCGUGUCUGGAUCAGAUGAGCGGGGGUCACACAGGAUUCCCUUGAAACUGCUCUCCGCGGGGAAACAAACAGGAUUAGAUGACAAAGAUUUCAUUCCAGCCUCGUUUACUGGGGUAAAAAUCAACGCUAUCGCUUCCUCUGCUGCUGCUGCUGCUGCUGCUGCUCCAUCUGCUUUUACAGAAGCGCACACUCUGCUGUCAUCGAUUCUUAUUUUAUUAUUUUUAUUUUUUUGUGCUUUUUCAUUUCUCGUUUUUUGCCAAGAUGCCGAAAUAGGGGGGAGAAAAGUGAACUGGAUUCUGCCAGGAACAGACCGAAAGAACAAGAUGCGAAAUAGGAACCAGUAAGACCCACGGCUGGAUUCAUUUUGUAGCGAUUUUCAUUUUCCAGUUGUAUUAUUGUUUGCUUAAACUCCAAGGAAAGAGAGAGAGAGAGAAAAGAACAUUUAAUGCAUUCCGUUCUAUUUUGUUGUGUUGGAUUUUUAGAUUACCAUCUGGUGGGUCGACACAAGAACACAGACAGAGCUGAGCUCAACAGGCUGCGUGCUAAAAGUUUUACGUGCCAUUUCUGUCAAACGGUCUUUGUUUCCCUGUUGGCUUUCGGAAAGCUGAUGCCAGGCUAUGCACUGAACCCAAAGGCCAAUUCACAGUCUGCCUUUCGGAUACACGCCCCGAUCUUCGCCGUUAUCAUCCAACACAAAAACGUGCCGUGAAGGUGAACUUUACGCAGCGCGAUUUUCCCCAAUCGCCACCCGCUUGAUAUUUUCCCGAAAAUAUCAGGGACUGUAGCCGACGGUCUGUCAAAACUCCGGAGAGCGAGGCUCUAUGAAGAUCGCGACACGGUUGUUGCUUUCCCCUCGCAGAAAUGCCAGUGCGCGCCGUGACCACCAGGUUCAUGUACAAGGGGCUUUGCACUAUCCCAGAUGUCCUCUCCUACCGGACCCCUGUUCACCUGCCCGAGGACGAGGUGGAAGAGAUUCGGGAGGCUUUCAAGGUAUUUGACAGAGAUGGGAACGGCUUUAUCUCAAAGCAGGAGCUGGGAAUGGCCAUGCGCUCGCUGGGCUACAUGCCGAACGAGGUGGAGCUGGAGGUUAUCAUCCAAAGACUUGACAUGGAUGGUGACGGCCAGGUUGGCUUUGAGGAAUUUGUCACAUUGCUUGGUCCUAAGCUCUCUGCUGCUGGGAUGCCUGAUAAGUUCCACGGCGCAGACUUUGACUCCGUGUUUUGGAAGUGCGACAUGCAAAAACUGACAGUAGAUGAGCUGAAAAGACUCCUGUACGACACUUUCCGUGACCAUCUCACCAUGAAAGACAUUGAGAACAUCAUCAUGACCGAGGAAAACCACCUGAACAGUCCAGAGUCUCACGUAGAUAUUGACACAAGCCCAACGCAGCAGGAAAAACACACAUGUGUGCGUAAAAGCCUGAUUUGUGCCUUCGCGAUUGCAUUCAUCAUCAGCGUCAUGCUCAUUGCAGCAAAUCAAAUGCUCCGCAGAGGAAUGAAGUGAAUUAAUGUUGCCAGCCGGACAAAAAGGGAUCCUAGGUUGGGGGAAAAAGAAAACCAUUAACCAAAAUAAAACAAAAAAUGCUCUCGUUUUCUGUUUUACGUCAUAGUUGAAAUGAUGCUUUCACAGCCUUUCUCUACAGCGUUAAGGAUCAUAUGAUGUCACACAGUGGCUGUAAGAGACCGCUUCUCACAGCUUACCAAGAAGAAAACGAGAAGUGAACUACAAGGGCUGAUUAGUGUCACCAACAUGUUUGGAAAAGAAAUUAGAGCAGAAGUCAGAAUGUAACUUUAUAACACUCUAGAGCUCAAGAGCACAACAUGUGCUGCAAGAGUAGCUGUGGUGCAUAAAAUCCUUCAGUUCUCUAGUGAAGCAUCUGUCCAUCCGGAAUGCACCAAAUAACCAAGUACCAAUGAUAGUAAUAAAGCAAUAAUAAUGUGAACAACAUAUUGUUUCAUUUUAGGUUACAGUAAACCCAGAUUCCACUGCACAUUCAUUGGCACCCCUGGUUUUAUAUUUUUAUAUAUUUUUGUCUUACAAAUCUAAAUAUCUAGGUAGAUUUCAUUUCCAUCACUCUAAAUAUGACUUCAUACACAGGCAUAAAGCUUACCAAGAUACACGUAAUCCUUAGUAUUGGAAAAAUUAGAAAACAUACCAUUUAAAUUGGAACGAUGUGUGUUUUACAUAAUGGCUUCUUAGUCUUCAAUACCAAAUCACAAAGUUAUAGGAUGUUUGUGAUAUUUGUGUAAUCUCUCCAGACCUUCCGGAUGUUGUGGUUUCUUCAUGUGCUCAAUUCAGUUCAGCUGAGCCGACAGGUUUUCUAGGCUUUGCAGUAAGUCUGGACACUGAGAUCGUGAUUGGUUUAGUGUCUGGUGAACCACUUUCACAUCUAUUUAGGGAUGUUUUUUUUCACUACUAUCUUCCUGAAAUCCAGAUUUUUUUUUAAAACAGUCCAGUAUUUCAAACAGGUUGCCAUGCCAGGAACCUUAUUUGUCAAAAUUCCAGUUGUCUUAAGAAUUUUGGUGGCUAUUUUUUUUUCUUCUUCCAACUAUUUUCUUACAAACACGUCUGCUUGAAUGGCAUGUCUUCUUCCACUUCCUAUGUUGACAAAUGAGUUUGUUAUAUUUAUACUCCAAAGAAUAUAACGUUCUCAGAUAUUCUGAUCAAUUGACUAAGUAUAAAUUAAUAAAUGAUCUCAUCAGAUCUAUUCGUGGGAACUGUCAGAGGUGUGGCAAGGGGUGCAGCAAGUACCUGGAAAUUUGAUAUAUUAUUCCAAUCAAGGGAAUAAAUAAUAAAAAGCUACAUUAUUAUAAGAUUUUCAGUGUUAGGUUAUGACACUGCAAUAAAAAAAAUUACUUUAAGGCCUUUCACACCUCUUGAACUGAGAUGCCAGUAGGUUUGGAGGGUUCUGCUAAAACUUCACAUCCCAGAAAAGUGUUGAUCUCUUUAUCCAUCGCACAAAUCAAGAAGAGAUUUUAUGCUCACAACCUGCCUUCAAUUCAUUCAAGUCCCAGUUUGCACAUUUCAAAUCUGUGCAUCUAUGCCACACUUUCAAAAUGAGCAUCAGCAAAGACAAUUUAGCCGCAGAGUGACCCAUUUAGAACACAUAGAACCGUGUUUAGGACAUGUAUUACCUGUAAUAUUUAUAGCAAAUGAAUAUGAUGUAUUCUAUGCGGCACACUUGCAUGUCAAGAAAUAAAUGUGUGUUGUAUGUGGGUGGUAUAGAUUUUUGAGGUAAAUGUUCAAAUAAUUAUGCAAUUUGUUAAGUGAUAAUUGCAAAAAAAAUGUGACAUUUUCUUGUAAAUGUCAUUUUUGUCAAUGUGCAAACAAUAUCAAAAUACUAAAUUCUUUGCAGUAUGCUGUGAACAAUAAUUUUACAUAUCAUGGGGGGAACGUUGUUUUCUGGCUUUUACAUAGAGUACUUAGACAAUAUAUUAUUUAAUUAUAUGACAUCAUUAUAUUUUCUUAUACUUGGAUGAGGUAUACAUUAAAUCGAUGUUAUUUUGUUAUCAAUAUAUGCAUAAAGUUUUAUAAAAACAUACAAAAAAAUGCACAAAAAAAUGAUGUGUCUGGACAUUCAGAUGCAAGUUCUGUAUAUUGAGGCCAUGCACUUACAUUAACUUUAAAAAUUUGUUAACUUUUAAGGUUUUCUUCAGAUUUUACUAAACUAUUCUUAUUUAUUUCUUAAGUCAGUUCAGCUUCUCAAAGCUCUACCACGAAGUGAACAGCAUGGGUAGGUGAGAAUCACUCUGGCAAUAAGAUAUAUAUUUUAUCCAAUGUAGCAGUUUGGUGUAAAAAAAAGAACAAAACAGAUUUAUAUGACAUUGCUUUACCUCUUCAUGUGAACAUAUCAUGUAAAAAUGAGUGUUGUGUGGAUAUAAAAAUAGUCACUGUGCCAAAUAUUGUCCUAUGAUGCACUGUACUAACAAAUAUUGUCCUGUUUUAUGUGUUGGUGUAUUAAUGAGUGGAUUACUUUGUUAACAGGUUGUCCUAUUUGUUGUGAUUGUAACUGGAUUUUGUCAUUCUAGAAACAAACCCAUGUUCCACUUAAGCAAUGCCAAUAUUAAGUCUACUUGGUCAAAAAUGAUUCAGACUUUGCAAGGAUUUCUGAACAGCUAACUACAAUAAUUAUUUUAGGUCUAAGCAUUGUGCCAUCCAACUGUGAUACAUUAACUAUGAUUUUACUUUGUAAAAUAAAAAAUCUGCUGUUUUA